CCAUUUUCAUCGAGUCCCCCUCCCCGAUUCCGCCCGUCGCUCCUCCCUCCAAUUUAUGGGCGUUGGUUGUUUCCUGCUUCUGGUAACUAAGAUGAGAAAGGAAGAAAGCAACCGCAAUUUCAACACUUUCCAGCUCUAAUUUCUUUAUAUUGGAUGUGUUCCAACUUCCAACACUUUCCACCUCUUAGCCUUCCGCAAUUGCAAUUUCAGAAACCCAGCUUCGAUAUUGCGUUGAAAGAGAAGCGAUGUCAGAGGAGGCAGGGGAAAGUAUUGAUUCACCUUAGUUGGAAUAAGAAACUCGCCUCCCUCCGCCAACGUACAUUGAUUCCUCUCCGCGUCUCCUUGGCUGCUACAGCGACGAGGACUGACGACAAUGAUGAGAGCGGCGGCGGCGACCACAGAUUUCAGACAAGAAAUUCCUCCAUGGUGGGCGCAGCCAGUGAAUCGUCGAUCUGGAGAAGAGAAUCGGUUGCGGCCACAACCUCCAUCCUCCCAACGGACUGCUUCGCUAGUGGCGUCCGCAAGAGCAGAGAUGAAGCAUCAUGGACGAAUCUAGGGUCGACGCAAUCAUUGACCUAUUUCCUUUGUUGCCUUUGGCAGGAACAGAUCUGCCAUCAUCGGUACUCUGAAUCACCAUUACAGAUUGGGGGUGGGUGGGGAUUUUCAAGAACCCAAAAUCCUACUACCCUAAUCGAUAAACAAGAACCCUCCUCCUUCGAUCUCUUCUUUCCCUGGGAAAAAAAUGAAAAACCAGACAGAUUUGAAAUAGUUUUUUUCCGAGCAUCCUCAUGAACAGCGGCGACCUCGCCUGUAUCCUCGUCAACUUCGGCGUCUUUGAAUCACCGACGUCUUCGCAAGAUCCCCGACCUCUAUCGGGUGGAUUUCCUCCCGCACAAGCGCCUGCUGCUAUCCUCUCUUAUGGCGAUCCAGAAAGAUUUGGUCGGAGAAACAGAAAGAAGAAGAAGCCAGACGUUGCAGCUGACGGGGAUAAAUGUGGAUAUCCAGUGGCAACUGAGCAGGAGCAGCUCUACCCCGUACCCAGCACCUAAGGAAAAUCCCUAUGCUAUAGGGUAAAAAACGUUAUCCGAAAGGUCUUCUACGCGCAUGCAUACCCUUUCUUUCUUCUAGCUAGGGUAGAGACUAAGAUUUAGAUUAGUAUACCGAACCCCCCCUUACUCAACAGCCCCUCGUAUAGCAAAUUGAUUCAGUAAGGUACAUUCCUGUUGGUGGUUUGUGCAGAUCAAUAAUUUAACAUACUCGUAUUAUAUUUUACUAAAUAUAUUGUCAUGUUACUCAAUAAAAUGUUCUUUUAAAAAAUUGUAAUUAUGUUUUCAAAUGAAUGACAUACAUAUUUUUUUGAAGUGAAAAUCCCAUCUAAAUCUAUACUUUUAUAUUAUGGUGGAUUGGUAGAAGGUUGUUUAGUACCCGUAAAUUUACUAAAUGAGUUUAUAAAUUCGUUCUUACAAUAUUUUAAAGUCAUCUCUCUUUUACCAUUUAUUCAAUGUUCAACGUACUAAACAAAUAUAAACAUCUAAUACACCAAUUUUAAGGGAUUGGUGAUAAUUCAAUAAUUUUUAUAUCUAUAUUCUUUUAAAUUAUGAUUUUUAUUACUGUUAUUUUUAAAAAAUUGUUAUAUUGAAAUGUCAUACAAAAUUUCGUGCAUAUCAAUAUUUUACUAAAUAUGUUGUCAUGUUACCCAAUAAAUAUUAUUUUAAAAAAUUGUAAUUAUGUUUUCAAAUGAAUGACAUACAUAUUUUUUUGAAGUGAAAAUCCCAUCUAAAUUUAUACUUUUAUGUUAUGGUGAAUUGGUUCAAAAGAAUUGGUGAAUUGGAUUCAUGGAUUCAAGUGAAAUCUAAACAUUGGGGUAUCAAAAUCUCAUAAAUUGUAGGUACUAAAAUCUCAUAAAAUUUAGUCAUGUCACCCAAUAAAAUGUUCUUUUAAAAAAUUAUAAUUAUGUUUUCAAAUGAAUGACAUACAUAUUUUUUUGAAGUGAAAAUCCCAUCUAAAUUUAUACUUUUAUGUUAUGGUGGAUUGGUUCAAAAGAAUUGGUGAAUUAGAUUCAUGGAUUCAAGUGAAAUCUAAACAUUGGGUAUCAAAAUCUCAUAAAUUGUAGGUACUAAAAUCUCAUAAAAUUUAGGUACAAAAAUAUAAUAUUACAAUUUUACAUUAAAAAUUAAAUUUGGGGUAUCAAAAUGUAAAAUAUACAUUCUUAGACUAAUAUGUAUAUUAUAGUGACUAAUGUGUAAUUUUUUAGGUAACUGUAAUCCUGCUUCAACUUUAUAUAUACUAAGUAAUUUUUUUAAGGGAACCUGGUAUCUUUCUUAAUCUUAGACAGAGAAGGAAAUUCGAUUAAGAAAGAGGUGGAAGAGAAAAUGGACCAGUUUUCCUAUUGGGGUGAGCAGUUGUGUGCCAGCUUUUACCACUGGGUCGACAUUUAGAUUAAAAUAGGUAUUACUGUAUUAGUCUUGGUCAGGAAUCAGGAUAGGAGCACUUCUACUAUGCUAUAUAGCAUUGGUAUUUUAAUGUACAAUUUAAAAUUGUACCCUAAUAUUAAAGGUAUAAGUUUAGG